UCCUCUUCUCUGCAGCCCGUCCUUCCUCCUCCGGUCUUUUCUCCUCCUUCUUUUCUCCUCCUCCCGCUCCGCCGCCGCCGCCCCCCGCGCCGCCCCCCAUGCUGUCGCUGUGCGCGGGCGCGGCUCGCAGGUCCAUUGGGCCUCGGCUUGUGUUGAGAAUGACAUUAGGAGCAGAAAUUACUAGCCAGCCCAAGGCUUCUUCAUACAUAGCAUCAGGACAAAACCUUUUGAGAUGGGACCUGUCACCGGAGGAAAUUAGAACAAGAACAGAAGAACUUAUCAGGAGGACAAAACAUGUAUAUGACAGCAUCGGGAUGCUUGAAAUUGGAGAAGUAACACAUGAAAAUACCAUACGGGCUUUGGCAGCUAUAGAAGUGGAAUAUGCAGUGGAAAGAAGCAUGUUGGAUUUCCCCCAGCACGUCUCCCCUGACAAGGAGAUACGCUUAGCAAGUACAGAAGCUGACAAAAAACUGUCAAAUUUUGAUGUGGAGAUGAGCAUGAGAGAAGACGUGUUUCAGAAGAUUGUUUAUUUACAGCAGACCUGUGAUCUUGAAAAUGUAAAGCCUGAAACAAAGCGGUAUCUAGAGAAAUCUGUUCAAGUGGGGAGAAGAAACGGACUCCAUCUUCCUAAAGAAGUACAGAAAGAAAUAAAGACAAUGAAGAAAAAAUUGAGUGAGCUGUGUAUAGACUUUAACAAAAAUCUGAAUGAGGAAAAUACAUUUCUUGUAUUUUCUAAGGAGGAACUUGAUGGCCUUCCUGACGACUUUAUUAACAGUUUAGAGAAGACUGAGAAAGACAAAUAUAAAAUUACCUUAAAGUAUCCCCACUAUUUUCCUGUAAUGAAGAAGUGCUGCAUUUCAGAAACCAGGAGAAAAAUGGAAUCUGCCUUUAACUCUAGAUGCAAAGAGGAAAACACAAAAAUUCUGCAGCAGUUGCUCCCACUAAGGGCAAAAGUAGCAGAGCUUCUUGGUUAUAACACACAUGCCAACUUUGUCCUGGAGGUAAACACUGCCAAGAGCACAGAUAACGUAACAACCUUCUUAGAUGAUUUGAGUAAAAAGCUAAAGCCUUUGGUUGAAGAAGAAAGACAGUUCAUUCUAGAUCUGAAGAAGAAGGAAUGCAAAGAAAGAAACUUUGACUAUGAUGGAAGAAUCAAUGCAUGGGAUCUUCAUUAUUAUAUGAGCAAAACUGAAGAGCUGAAGUAUUCCAUAGAUCAAGAAAAACUGAAGGAGUACUUCCCAAUUGAGGCUGUUACAGAAGGCUUACUGAAUAUUUACCAGACACUGUUGGGACUUGAAUUUGAGCAAAUAGAAAGUGCUCAUGUUUGGCACGACAGUGUUACUCUUUAUACAGUAAAGGAUAAAUCAACAGGAGAAAUGCUAGGUCAGUUCUAUUUGGAUCUUUACCCCAGAGAGGGAAAGUAUGGGCAUGCAGCCUGCUUUGGUCUACAACCCGGCUGUCUUCUCUCUGAUGGCAGCAGAUUGAUGUCUGUAGCUGCUCUGGUAACCAAUUUCACAAAGCCAGCAUCGGAUCGUCCAUCAUUGCUGCGACAUGAUGAAGUAAAGACUUAUUUCCAUGAAUUUGGUCAUGUAAUGCAUCAGAUAUGUGCACAGACUGACUUUGCAAGGUUUAGUGGAACUAAUGUGGAAACAGACUUUGUAGAAGUACCUUCACAAAUGUUUGAGAACUGGGUGUGGGAAAAAGAGCCACUACAACAGAUGUCAAGACAUUAUAAAGAUGCAACCCAUGUUGGAGACACUCUCCUGGAGAAACUUGCUGCCUCUAGACUUGCUAAUACAGGCCUUCUAACCCUCCGUCAGAUUGUUUUGAGCAAAGUUGACCAGGCACUGCAUACAAAGCUGUCUGUUGACCCAGCAGAUGAAUAUGCUAAAUACUCUAUGGAGAUUCUAGGAAUUCCUGCCACCCCAGGAACAAACAUGCCAGCUACUUUUGGACAUUUGGCAGGUGGUUACGAUGGUCAGUACUAUGGAUACCUGUGGAGCGAGGUGUUUUCCAUGGAUAUCUUUUAUAGCUGCUUUAAGCAAGAAGGAAUAAUGAAUCCAAAGGCUGGGAUGAAAUACAGAAACCUCAUUUUGAAACCUGGAGGAUCUUUGGAUGGAAUGGAUAUGCUACAAAAUUUCUUGGAGCGUAAACCAAGCCAGAGAGCUUUCCUAUUGAGUAAGGGAUUACAUGUUCAGUGAAGUUAUGAUUCUUUUGUAAAGGCAUAUAAGUAUGGAAUCAGCUGGAAAUGUCAGUGUAUUUCACAUUUUAGCAAUGUAUUACUUCAGGGAAACUGGGUCAUUUUUUGAUGAUUUUUUAAAUUGUAUAAAUAAAAAUGUGACUUUUAAAACAAAAUUCCAUAGGAUUACAAAAUUCAACAUUGGGGGGAAAAGUUCUGAGAUGUGCAGAAGCUGAGGAGAUUGGAUGAUAAUUUAAAAAUUUUUUUAUGAAGUAAUACUAAUUAAUACUAAUCAAUAUGAGGACUUACUGCCAUGUUUUUCUUUUAAAAGAUGCACUUGAAUUAUGUCUUGUGAAUUAAUUUUAAAACUGAAGGGGAUAAAAAGAAUACAACCAGCAAUAAAGGAAACAGAUUCAUUCUUAUUCUCUAUUCUCUAUUGUAUUGAUGGUUCACCAGUGUCUCUGUUGGAUAGGAAGUGUGUUUGAUUUUGUCACUGUUUGAAUUCAGUCCAGCUGCCUGACAAAUUUCAAGACUAAGAACCUUUACAGCAGAGGUUUUGUGUGGUACUUUUAGACCUAAUUCAGAUGCAUGUUAAAUUUUUGUACCAUUUAUAUACUUACAAAGUAUAACUAAAAAGGAAAAAAUCAGCCAAAAUUGGUGAUUUUUGCAGGUAUUCCACUACUCUUUCUGUUGAUGACCACAAAUCAGGUCUUUGUUUUCCAAAUUAUAUCAACACUAGCAUUGAAAUACUGCACUUGAGCAGUUUUAAUGGCUUCACCUAAUUUCUUAAGUAUUUUGAGAUGCAAAUAAGGAAGAAGCAAGAUAUCCCUGACGGGAAUGAUAAAAGCCCGUUCAAAGUUUUCCUGUUCCUUUGCAGUGUGGCAUGCAAGAGAUGCUACAAAAAAGUGCAUUAGAUUCAAUUAUUUCAGCUGUGAGAGUGUGAAAGUAAUCAAGGAAUUAUUCUGCAGUUUUUCUGCAAAAUCAGGAAAAAUUAGUCUUACAAGCCAACUCUACACCAUCCAAAUAAAGCUGUUAAUCCGAGUGCACUUGUCUUAGGUACCAUAUCUUACUGUGGUUUUACUAUUACAGCAUGUAUAUGAACAGCUUCUAAAUUUUAUUUACUAGCCAGUACAUUUUAGACAUUAAUUCACAGUUGUAAACAUGGUAAGGGUCUAUAGUUUUUUGCUCAACAGUGAGAUAAGAAAAUGGGCCUGGUCAACUCAAAAGACUUUUUUCAGCAAAAGAAAAUGGAUAUACUUUGGGUCGAAGCUGUCAAUUUUUUCUAGGGGAAAAAGGCUGAAAUUGGGAUUGUUCUCACAAUUUGUGAGCGUUUCUCAAAGUGAGAAACUUUUUGCAUUUUGUUUUUUACUAAAGCAUUGAAACUGCGGAGUUAAAAAUUAGCUUCAUUAGUUUCUGAAGUGGAAAAUCUGAAUGGAUUUAUCUUUUAACUGCACUGGUUAGACGUGAGGAAUUGUAACUACUUGUAGCCAAAACAGAUUAACUCUAGUCUGUCCAGACCACAUAAUUAAGUCAAAUCUAAUUCUUAUAGUCAGUUAAAAUUUUAAACCACAGUUUUGCUGGGCCAUAUAAAGACAAUACAUGGAUAUCACAUGUGUGAGAACAUCUUGGACAGUAUUUAGUAUGGCCAGAAGAGAAAACUGAGAAAACUGAUGGGUACAAGAUUAUUCCAAAACCUUUGAAUAUUGCCUUGAUUGAUUUCCCUUACAUUCUCUUGCUUUCAGUAUGUUGCUGUCUUUUUGUGCAUGUUUAAAAUUCUUGUGAUUCUUAUUAACAUGGUUUUUUCUUUCACAUUGUAAUGAUAGCUCCGAAGAAUGAAAACAUUGUAAAAAAUAUACUAAGUGAUACUUUCCCCAAAUGAAUCUGCAAAUCUAAGCAAUGGAACCUUUAUUAAGAAAAAAACACAGUUUUUAUUUUACAGUUGGUAGGCAGAUUUCCACAUGAGGGAGACCUUUCUCUGCAUAAAUCAGCAGUCUUGGCCCAAGGUAGAUAAUUGUAAGUAUAGUAAUUAUAGGCAAAAAUAUGUGGUGAUAAAAAGUCAUGUGAUUUAAAAGUUAGAUUUAGAACAGUACUGAUGGUAAUUAUGACAAUUUAAUUGACUUUUUAAUUUCCUGACUCUUUAGUGUGUGUGCUUAUAUGUUGUACAAUGUUGAGUAACCAAGAUACUGAAGAGCGGGAGAACGUCUGCUAUUACUUGUUUGUGGAAAUGCCUGCAUGAUUGUACAGUUAUGUUAACAGCAAAUAGAUAUCCAUGUGUGUAGGGAAGAAAAAACUAAACCAUAUUGUAACCACAAAUGGCAGUGUUAUGUUCUAUAUCUGUUCCCAAAGAAUAGGAUUUACUGUAAUUUGUUUUUGUACAAGCCAGUUCCUUCAUCAGGCAGUAAUUAAGUCAGAUCAGCCUAUGGCUAACACUGCACUCAACAGAAAAGACUAAUGGGUAUGUUCUGAAGUGCUUAUGAAAAUCUUGAUGUGGUAACAUAUGAAACUUGUCUGCUAAGUUUUAUAUUUGCAUCCUGGAGCCUUCUGAAUUAGAUUGGGGUUGGAUUAAAUUACUUUUUUUCUUCCAACUAAAACUUACUCUAUGAUUCUAUUAAAUUGAUGUUCACGUUUUUAUUCUAAAGACGUGAUUUUGGAAUGGAAAAGUAACCUGGUUUCUGUUUUUGCACCUGUCUAUAACAGGCAUAAGGCUUUGUAAAGGAAAAGCUUUCUCUGACGCUAUUCUAAGGCUGUGACAUGGAGUCCCCCAAUAAAACAGGGAAUACUUCUGCUUUGCAAACAUGAGUUAAUGACCUUGACACUGCCAGAAACAAUCACAUACAUGAAAUCAUGCCAAAACAUAGGUAUCUGACAAAGCCUAGCCUGUUCUAGAGCUGCUAAACCUAGGCUUCCCCUGAAUUGAAUUUCAAAACUAUGAAAGCCUGAGUUUAUUCCAACCCAACUUUAAGUAUUCACUAUAAUAAAUGAAGAAGUAAUUUGUAGGCUUUUUUCUGUAACAGACAGCUUUUAAAGUUAAUAUCGUAUCUUCUUAAAAUUUCGCUGUGUUUAGGAUUAUUAUUUUCUUGUAUUAUAAAUUUAGAUUGGACUUUGGCUUCACAACAAAGGCCUCACAGGAAAGGGUAAAAUCAGAGACUCAGGAGAGAGUGCCUAUUAUCCACUGAGUAAGUGGAUAAAAGGCAAUGGCUUUCUCUUUCUCUUGCUUCUUUGUAAAGGACAAAAUGGUUUGAGCAUGUAGCUAGGUUACAAGACGGCCAAGUGAUGGAUUUAGCAGCUGCUACUGCCUACUUGUCUGACAGAGGUCCAGCAUGUAUGCUUUUUCUGGAUUGCCUGCAAGUCAUGUGGUAAUUCUUACAUAAAUGGUAAAAACAGUCUGAGUAAGAGAUUUAAACUUUCCUCUCUAAGAUGUGGUGGCUAUUAGUUAUUACAUGUCUCUCUGAAAAAAUGAAACAAUAUCCAAAUACCUUUUGGAGGUAGUGCAAGGUAGUUGAAUUAAAUGGAGAUUCCUGGAGGGGUUUUCGAGAAGCAUAAGAGUUGUUUGCAUGAUAACUGAUUACUGAUGGGGGUUAGAGAGGCUAAACAUCAGCUGGUUAUGUGGUACCCAAAAAGCAAGGAAAGCAGUUAGGUGGAAGGAUGAAGUUGGAGAAUGGUGUUUUGACAAUAGCUGUAGAAGGGUUGAAGUGGAUGUUAGAGGCAGAUAACAGGAAGAAGACUAACUUGAUGCAUAGUGAUUUGUGAAAGGCUGUUCAAAUGUUUUUCAUUGUUUUAUGAAUUAGAAACAAGACAUGUUUUUCUAGGAAUAAAUUUGUUCUUACUUGCAAGCCAAAGGACAUGAGACUGGCUUGUUACUUAAGAACUUGACUUCUUCCUGACAUCUGGAGAUUAAUUUUUUUUUUUUGCCACUAUUUUCUUCAUUAAUAUAUUUUAAAUAAUACAUCCUUAUGGUGGAAGGAAAAAAGUUUUUGGGGAAGUUCAGUUUGUGGGGUGUGUGCCAGAAAUCCUGUAUAGCUAAUCACCACUGGCGUGUAAAAAGUGUAGAUGAUACUAAAGAUGCAGUCCCAAACAGCAGUCAAUCUAUUUUAGACCUCAUUAGAAUAGAUACAGACAAAUUAAGUAAAUGAAUUGGAAGUAAGCGGUUGCCUAGAAAUCAAGAAUCGUGACCUAAUUUUGUUCAGUAUUGAUUAACAGAGAAUGGACUCAAACAAUACUUGCUUGCUUUAUACUACUGAUGAAUUGAAAAGGUUAAAAAUCUCAGUGUUAAAAGAAUCAAGGAGUAAAAUUAUUGGGAAAAAGAUUGUGAAUAAAAAGUUGUAUGUCUUUGAGAUUCAAUUGGCUAAAAUCCCACAAUUUCACAACUUAAAAAUCCUUGUGAAAAAUUCUAAGAUCCAAUCUGGUCACCAGUAAAAACAGCAUUUAAAAAUAAACGAAACAGAAGUGUGUGGUCAGAAGUAGGAAAUAGUUAUUAAAUGAGGAAUUUUAAAGUGUUAAAAAUUAUAAAGAAUGCUAAGACUGUCAAGGCAAAGAAAAAUGGAUGAAAGCAUUAUAGCAAAUAAUAUAACUUAAUGUGUUAAAAACAAAUAAAUGCCACUUGUGUUACAGACCCUUCAGUUGAUGGAAACGCUAAUAUGGCAAAUGACAACCAAGACAGUUUUUAAUUCAGUUCCUCUUCUGCAUUCACAAAGAAGCAAGUGAUGUAAUAAUGUCAUGUGAAAACAAUGGGGUACUUUCCAGUCUAUUAAGUGAGGAGCACAUUAAGCAAUAUCUACUAAGAAUAAUCAUUGUGGCAUGAGUAGAGUUGGAUAACUUGUAUCCUCCAAGCAAACAAGAAUUAGUGGUGAGGAAGCUUUUCCCAGUGCUAUUAAUUUUGGGGUAACUGGAUAUAUGUCAUUAUACUAAAACACUGCUAAUGAGUUCUAGUCUUAAAACUAAAUAGGUGACUAUUGGUCACAUAGAUUGAAAUCCAACUUCAGUGAAACAGCAGGAAGCAUAAAUAUUGUUCUAUCACUGAAGAGCUAACAGUGAGUAUAAUUUACAGAGUGCAAAUGAUUUUAUGGAAAACAAGUUUUUUUAGACAAGUCUGAUGUAAUCAUUUUUGGCCAUUACAACCCUGUUGAGGGCGAUUGUAGAGAUUUAUCUAUAUGAUUUAGUGCUGCAUAUUUUCAUUAAUGACACUAUAUGAUAUCAAUAGAGGUUUCAUAAAAUGGAUUAGGAACAGCUAACUGUUGGGAGUAUUUGUUGGCAUAGAAUUACCACUGAACAAGGUACAGUGGUCUAAGUACUUCAGGCAUCACACAGGAAUAUAAAAAUAUAAAACAAUAAUAUAAAAUGACUGGUGAUAGAAUUUGUAAGGAAUUGACCAAAAAAAGCAGUCACGAUAAAUUGUUUAGAUUGUUUGAAAACUUUUGGCAUUUUGAUGUACCAUGAGCAAAUGAAGGUGCAGCAUGCCUGUAGCAACUACAAUGUAGGUUAAAACUAAAGCUUGGAUGACUGUAUCCUGUAAAUUCAUUACUUCUGAAAGUAUCUGGAGGCUAGUUACAGUAGCCAGUUCAAUCAGAAUUGUUAGGAGACUGUAGCAACAAAUGGUUAGACAAGCUCAUGAUGGGUGAGCAUGAAAAUACUGUGUAGAAACACGUACCUUCUGCAUACCACUGCAGUAAAAUGGGCAAAGCAAUUGCACAAAAUUUUGGUGGCUUGCUUUUUAACUGGGGCUAGUAAGCCUUGUUAUUCCAAAUAAACAGAGAUGGUUGUAGAUGUAGAUGGUUCUAGUUAAGCUGUGGAACUCCUUGCCAAGGAUAGUGUAGAGGUGGUAGUUUUAUAUUACUUCAAAAUAAAACUCAACACAAUCCAGUCUUAGAAGCCAGUGGAGGGUGUGUAAAAAAAUAAAACCUUUUUCGUCUUAGGAAGGACCUUGCAAAGUUGGUGGUGGAAAUAAAAAGAAUAUCCAAGAUUUUAACAUGUAUUGCAGUCCUAUUCGCAUUUCUUUUGGGCGUCUGCUUUUAGCCACUGCUGGAGAUAGGAUACUGUAUCAAAGGAACCCACUGCUUGGUCUAGUAUGAAGACUGGAGAAAGAGCAAAAGAUGACUUUUAGUCUCUGGGUAUCACCAUCACAUAUUAAAGACUCCUUAGUAGGAGAAUGUCAGCCAGAAGCUAAGCCAAGUCAUUUCAAAGAGAAAACAAACGCAUUUUUAACAGCAAAGAGGAGUCACAAACUUUGUGAGCAGUUUGUCCCAAUAGUUAGUCUGUUCUUAAUGUCUUUAACUCAAGACAAGUGAAACAUCUUCUAGGUUCACCAAACACAAUGAUUUAGAUUUCAUUCAUUGUAACAGGGUGAAGCAGAAUGGCUGGUAUUAUACAAAUCAGAUUGAUUUCAUUUUUCCUUUUAAAAUAAAUCAUAUGUUAGCAAAAACAUUUUUUGCAUGUUUAUGUGGGGAAGAAGUGUAAAACCACCCGAUGUCAUUCAAUGUCAAAGACUUACUGCCGUCUAAACUACUAAUGGAAAGUAAAAGCAAGUGGAAAAAGUACUUUUAAAUUAAGCAAACAUUUUAACCUGAAACAGUUUUCUUUAACUGCAUGAUUGUGGGAUAUCCAAACUUUUACAAGACAAAUUAGCAGACAGAUGCUUUUCUACAUGACAGAAAUUAAAUCCAUCCUUUGAUUUCACGUUGAAGAAGGCUGUAUUUUUCUCUGUUGAAGGCAGAAACUGAGUAGUAUUCCAAACUUAUUGUUACAAAUAGGAUUUUUGAGUAGCCCAGGUUAGCUUUUCUUCAUUGUAGUUAGAUUGACUUCUUAAGAUGACUUCUUUUUUGCAGAGCUGAUAUCAUCUGAUUGGUCUCACUGUCAGGCCCAAAACAUAUCCUCUCCCUUACCUCUCCACUGAAGUGUUGCUGUCCUCAGGAAUUUAGUCAACGCAUUAUCUGAGAUGUAUACUUUAAACUUGGGAGAAACACUUAAAAAUACAAAGAAAUACAAAGAACUGAGCAAUUUGUAUUUCUCCUUUUAUUAAAUUCUUUAUUUGUUAAGAACAACUCAUGGUCCAACAUUCAAGAUAAAUUACUACCAAAAUCUAACAAAAGAUCAGAAAUCUAAUCAGAAUUUUAUAGCCACAUAAUGUAUAACAUGUUACAAGUAUUGUAAGUCACAGAACUUUUUUGCAACUACUUGAUUCUAUGAACAUGAAAGAGAUUUGGCCUAAAGCAUUAAUGAGAAAUGUCUCAAAGCACACAUUGUGUUUUAAGAGCAUGCACUGAAAGGAAUACAUAUUUUCCACCUUGGUAACUUUUUAAAAGUGUGUGUUUGUAUUUUAAGUUUAGUCAAGAACUAAGACUUUCAUCCUAUUGAAAAUUCAGAAUUAAGACCCAGAGAGAUAAAAGGGUUUAAAUCAGCUAUCUGUAAGAUGUUAAUUAAUAUAGUGCAAUUAAACUUAAUAGCAUUAAUAGCAUUUUUCUUUUAUGUUUAAAUUUUAUUUUUAUACAAAAAUGUUCACAUUCUCUACAGAUAAGAAAAAUCAUCCAACAUUGAGAGGUAUUAUAGAUAAGCUGUGCUUAUCUAUAUAUAUACAUGCUCACAUUAUGAAUGUGGGUUUUUUUGCCCAAGUGUGUUUAUAUCUUAUCUAUUUCUACAGCAAGCAUGGUAAACCCUAGAUAAGCCCAGCCACAGGCCCCUUCACUAUUUCUAAUGAAACUUAAUGCCCACGGGAAAGAUUCAACAGGUGUGAAUCUGCACAGAAAAAAAACAUCUCUGAAGAUAAUCAGACUUACUGACAAAUAAGCUUCUUUUUUCUUUCAUUUUGUUUUCUCUAUGCACUUUGCUCUGCUGAAGACAUGCAUUAGUACCCUUAACCUGAAGAGGGACCUUCUGGUCCAGGAUGGCUUUUUAGAACUUAACCACUUUAGUCCUUGGUAGAAGUGUGGAUUAAGUUUGACAUGGCUGGCUUUCCUUUCUGUCUCUUUCCUUAGGAAUUUCAUUGAGUUUGCUUGACUUAAGGAAGUUGCUUAAAUCACAAGUUAGCCCUUCUCUCAUGCCGUCAGGGAUCCAGUAUGAUCAGUUCUCAGCAGAGCUGUACCCAGAAAUCUAUAUGCCUUGAAGACAAGAAAAGUUACAUAGAAAUAGAUAGAUUCAGUUUACUCUGAAUAGAAAGAUAACAUGAUAUCUGGGUUGGAAUGCAGUUAAUUAGGUCUUUUCGGACAAAACUUAAGAUAGGGGGGUGUGAUACUUAAGUAACAUAAAUGCAGUGUACAAGGGUAAGCUUGAUGUGGUAAAAAAAUUGUAUGUUAGAAAAGUGAUUGUUCCCCCAAAGAUGUGUGAAAAGGAAAUUCAGGACCCCUUAUGAGAGGUAUGAUCUGUAAAGAAAAAAGAAACAAACAACCAAACCCCAUCUUAAUUUUUUACAGAAGACUAAUGGUGAUCACCGAGAAAACACAGAGGACUGGCUAAUGCAUUUCAAGACUUACCUAGGUUCGCAGGAAAAGAGAUUUUCAUUGCAUGGCAAAACCUAGUUAGUUCAAUCAUAUAACUGUUUCUCAAGAACUUUCUCCUGGACAGAAGGACAUAUACUAUGAAACCAUUCAUAGAUUUCAGGGCAGGAAAGUCCGUCUCAAGUGCAAGAUCCUAUCUGAGUUCUUCAAAUGCAUGUCUAAAGCCUGAGCAUUGCAAAUUCUCAAAUUGUAACAAGUGUCCAGGCUAGAAUGGCAGAAGUUAUGUUUGUUAAUCAUGUAUUAUCUUCUUAAUGGGUAAAUACCCACUGAGAACUACAAGGGCAUUGUCAGUAAAUACCCACUGAGAACUACAAGGGCAUUUUCCAGGUGUGCAGAGAUAUGGUUUUAGUGGCAGAAGCUCAGCUUUAGUUGAAAUUGGCCAGAGAUGUCAAAAAGCACAAACAAGCCUUCUUCAGGUACUUAAACAGGAAGCAGAAACAGAAAAAAAAUACUGGGCUGCUAUUAAACAGGAAAGGUGAAUCAGUCACCAACAGCUCUGAAAAGGUAGAAGUUCUCAACAGUUUCUUCACCUCUGUGCUUACCAGCCCUGCUGGGCCCCAGGUGUUGGGAAUAAAACCCAGGCUGAUGCGAACACAGAUCUGCUGUCAGUGAAGGCAGAGUUGAUGUGUGACCUGUUGCUGGAGCUUGACCCAUAUGACUUGAGGCCUCUCUCCAUAGUCUUAGGGAGGUUGUGUAGAUCAAGGAAUGUCGCAGGAGACUGGAAGAAGGCUCAUGUCACCCUCACCUGCAAGAAGAGCUUAAAGGAGGAUCCUGGAAAAUAUGGAGACACCCAUUUUAGCAGCCCCUGGGAAGGUUAAGGAAUGAAUCCUCCUGGGGGCUAUCACAUGUCAGGUGAAGCACAUGACUGGGAAGAGCCAGCAGGGAUUCCCCAGGGGCAAAUCCUGCUUGGCAAACCUGGUUGUCUUCUAUGAGAGUGACCUUCCUAGUUGCUGUUGGGUGAGUGGUGGACAUUGCUUGCCUGGAUUUCUCCAAAGCUCUCAGUAUUGUUUCCCACAGCCUUCUUCUGCAGAAGCUGAUGUGUUAUGGGCUAGACAAGGGGUCCGCAGGGUGGGCAGGGACGUGGCUGACCCAGGGCAGUGGUCGAUCACUUCUCUUCAAAUCGACAGCCUGGCACAAGGGCUGUUCCCAGGGACUGAUACUGGGCCCAGCACUGUUUAUUUUUCUGAGUGAUCUAGAAGAUGGGAUCAAGUGCAUCAUGGUGCAGUUUUUCAAUAAUAAUAUGCUGGUCGAGGAAGCGGGUGCUUGUGAAGGGAGAGCCACCCUGCAGAAAGAUCUGGAUAAGCUGCAGUAGUGGGAUGAUGAGAACACUGUGAAGUUCAGCGAGGCCAAGUGUAAGGUUUUGCACUUGGAAAAGCAAAACCUUAGUCCAGGAGUGCAGCACAGACAGGGAUCCACACAGCUUGGGAGCACUCUGUGGAAGGGGCCGGGCGCUCCUGGUGGAUCAGCUCCAUCAGAGUGCUCAGUGAGCUCCUGCAGCACAGGAAGGGAGCAGCUCCUGGGUGGCCCCAACAAGAGCCUCACCAGCAGAGAUGAAGUCCUUAUCCCACCCCACACAGGGCCUGUCAGGCCACACCUGCAAUACUGGGUCUGGUUUUGGCCCCCAAAGCACAGAACAGAUGGGGACAGGCUGGGGAGGCCCAGAGGAGAGCCACAAAGGCAGUCCCAGGGCUGGGAAGCCUGGCAGUGAGGAAUGGCUGAGGGAACUGUGUUCAGCCUUGAGGGAUUAGGGGAGACUUUAUCCCUAUGUUCCAGUGUUUAAAGGGUGGCUACAGAGAAGAUGGAGAUUUACAAGGAAUCACAUGGGAAGGAGGAGAAGUAAUGAGUAGAAGUUACUCCUGGAGACAUUCCAAUUGGACAGAACAGGAAAAUUUUUCUCAAUUAUAACAAUUGGCAGUUGGAAUAUCUCCUCAGGGAAAUGUGGAUUCUGUAACUUUGGACACUUUUAAGAUCCAGCUGGACACAAUGCUGGGUCGUCUUGCUAGAUCAUGCUUUUACAGCAAAAUGUUGAACCAGGUGAUCCUUGGUGUCCCCCUUCCAGUCUGGUAUUCUAUGAUUCUUAAGUAUCUUGAAAUAAGAAGGUAGCUGACAAGGAUCUGAGACAUAGAUUGUUUCUGCAGCAGAAAGGGUGCCAUUUUUUCUUGGUUUGGAAUAGGAGACAGGGUAGCUUCAUGUUUUCAAGGUUUUUGUGCUUUUGACAUUCCACACCCGAAGAAGAGACUGCAACUAUCUCAAAACAAAAAGAGGAAAAGAGACAAUUCAAGCUGCUUUGACUGCUUUCUGGGCUGGAGAAACAUCAGAGAGUAGAAAUUCUGCUUGCCUGAUACAUGUAUUUCAUUAAUUUGAGCUCAGUUCUAAAAUUCAGCACAUUGUUUAGGAAGUUGCACAGGUGUGACUCCUUAAGCCAUUGCAGAAUGUUUUUCCAAAUAAAUCCCCAAUAUGUAUGUUAGAGUAGCAUGUCUUUAGUUAUCAACAAAAUUCCUAAAAUAAUAUUAUUGAAAAAUUUAUAUUAGUGUUGCUAACCCACAUCUGUAACAAAAAUGAUGUUUCUCUAGAUUACUCAGGAUAAGAAAGAUUUUUCAGUUGCUGAUAUAAUUUUCCUGUGCAACUUUAAUUAAAAUAGAAAGUGGAAUUGGAAGUAUAAAAAUACUGCUGACUUCAUUAAAAAGAACUUCCAGUUUGUGCAGAAGCGCUAUAUUAGGAACAUAGAAUUUAACAUAAAAAUAAAAGAUUAAUUCAGGCAUCAGCAGACUUGGAAAUUUCAGAAGCAAAACUUCAGAUGCAAGAGAAUAAAUCUCUCAAUCUUUCCCGCUGCAGAAUCUCACUAAGGAUUUUAUCCCAAAGCUUAGCAGCUAACAUGUAUGAUGUUACCUGAUUUUGAGGUAUUACUUAUUUUAUAUUGGCUUUUUGUGUUCUGAUAUGUGCUGGCUAUCCUCAGAGGAGAGAUUUGGCUAAGGAAGUAAUUCCAUUUGUUUUAUAAAACAAAAAAUUAUUUAUGAAAUAUUGCUGUUUGUCAUAAAAUUAAAAAACACGAUGUCUUGGAAAAUAAGAUACUUAAUUUUCUUUCACAGACUUAAUGAAGAAGAAUUACCUUAGUUUUAAAGGAAGUACAGGAGAAUAUAAUUUUAUUCUUGAUAUUCAAUUAGAUUUGGCUGUUACAGGGUUUUAUCAAUAAUUGGAUGGUACUAUGGGUUCAGGCUAGUGAUUUCUGAAACAGGUCUGAAGGUGUUUGAAAACUUUCUGUAGAUUACUUGAAAACUGAUAACUCAGUGUAAGCAACAGCACACCUUGGAAUAAUACAUAUUUUUACCUAUAUCUUUAAUACAUAACAUUUCUGUGCUCACUUUUAUUUAGAUUGUCUUUCGAGAAACUUAGCCACCCCAUAUUGCAAGUAUGGGUUGAGCAUGAAGGUUAUAAGUCCCCUCCCCACUUCUCCUGGUUAUGCCUUGUGCAGUUUCACCUCUGUGAGCCUUCUGUGCUUUCUUGUGCUACUUUCACCUUGAAAUGUUUUAUGUUUGUAAGUGCUUCUUUUAUUCCACUGACAGAAAGGGAAGGAAUGAAUCUAAACAACUAUUUGAUUUUUUCCCAAACACAAGUAUAACUCCUAUAUGUGUAAUCUAUGUUUAUUAACAGCAUUUUGUAGCUAUAAUUUUACAUAUUAAAAUACAGAGCUCAGGAUUAGUUAUUUUUAAUUCUUUAGUAAUUUAAGUUGAUUUUUCAGAGAAUGAGGAGCUAUUGAGCUCAGUAAGAGCCAUUGUUGAAGGAGUUGAAAACUUUCUGGUACUAUGGUAACCGGACUAGCAGCUAAAAAUUUUUGUCCUUCUCUCAGUGAUCAUUUUUUGUCUAAAGCAUUUUACAGAAUGACAGAUGCAAAAUUUCAGGAUAACAAGGAUAAGAAUAUCCCCCUCUACAUAUAAAAAGUGAGACCUUGAGAUGGUGAGUAUUUUGGCAACUAUUAAACAGUCUUAGAGGUUUAAAAAUGUAAGCAUGGAUUCCUAUCUCCCUGCUGUAGUUAUUGCAGAUUACAUCAUCUCCUCUUUGUUUAGAGAACCAAUAUUUAAGUGUCAUAAAUAAUUUCAUUUGUGGGGGACGGGCGGGAAAGGAAUAAUGUUCAGCCAGAAAAGCAGAAGAUUCUUGGAAUGAUUACAGGAGAUUUGAAUAUGAAUAGGGAGAGAGCAGUAAGGUGAUGAUAAAAUUUCUGUUCACUGGAAGAACUUUAUAGCUAUAACUCUUCACCAGAAAACACAAAUACUAAUGCAUUUUUUAUUAAAUAUACAAAAAUGUAAAAUUAAGGGUCAGUAUCUCAUAUCUAUCAUACAAAGAGGCAUAAAGAAUACCAGAGCAAUUUUCAUAUGGCAAAAGCAACAAUAUUCAAGGGUUUUUUCUGACCCAUGCAAUUUAAAUGACCAAAAUGCACAAAAGGAAUUACUAUGAAUAUAAUUAUUUUGCAUACUCUCUUACACACCAAUAUAUUCAAGACCACCCCUGCUUGAGGGAAUGCUCUGACGAUUAAAGAUUACAAUGAAUUAUAACUCUUUUCUAAUGCAUUACUUUUGGCACUGAAUUCUCUUAUAACAAUGGAGGUGGAGACAGUUGUGGCCCUCUAUGCUGGGCAUUUCAGUCAGUAAUGCCAUUUGUUUCACUGAUCUUCGGUGCUGGUGCUGUUGUAGUUACCAGUGAGGGACUAGAUUGUCAGCCUUGGGGGAAAAAGGAAAAAAAAGUCCCUAACAUGGAUGGAAAUAUUAUCUGUUUUAAAUAUAUUUUACAAGGACUCAAUUAUUAACCUACACUAGGAAACAAAGGGUGCAAAAUACAUUUUCAUUUUAAUUAUACAUGCACAGUCCACUGGGACUUUAUUUCCACUCAAUGAAAUAAUGGGAUACCAUCUAGUUAAUUUUUCUAUAGCACAGAUUUUUGUGCAUCAACUUGCUAUAGUUCACAAUCUGCAGUUUGUGUUUUAGAUUUAAGAUCUAUAAGAAUUAUUCAGUUGGUUCCCUUGCAGAUUGUUCCUUCUGCAGUAAUAACAGAGCUCCCUCCUUUUUUGCUGCCAGGAAAUUCACCACUGAAGGCACAAGAGGGACAAGCUGCACUUCCACAGUUCUGGUUUAUCUUGCUGUAGCCUGAGCAGGUUAGCCACUUUUAUUAUAGGCAGCCCAUAUAGUGGAUGUGGCCUGAAGGGAACUCUUGCCUGUGAUAAAAUGGCUCAUUUGCAAUUGAGCCUACCGUAAGCUGUGGGAGGUUCAAGCAUUUCAGGGGUAUUUCAGAAAUUUUCAGCUGUAUAGCUGCAGCAAGUUUUUAUCAAACGACAUGUUCUAGAGCUCUAUGAUCAGGGUAAAUGUAUCUUCAUGAGAACAACUGAAAGGACAUUUCAACUCUGACAUUCACCAAAUAUUUAAAUGUCUCCUACAGUAACUUUUUGUAUAACUUUAAAAAGAGAAAAUAUCCACAUAUAGAUUUAUUUCAGCCAUCCUAUUAUUUAAUCAAUAUGUGUUGUACCACCUCUGUAUUCUCAUUUAGACCUGAAAUCUCAUAUUGUGGGAAGAGUUGUAAGGGAAAAGCAAGGUGGUUAUUUCAAACAAUGGUAUAUUCAAAGAUUGGCAUCAAAGCCAGAAUUGUCAGUUACUGGUGAGAACUACUGACAAGGCUGCUGAUGCAACUGAAAUGAGCUAGGUAUCCAUGUGGCUGCUUCUCUGUGUCUAACACUUGGAAAUGUGGAUAAAAAGAUGUCAGGCUGACAUGCAAAUGUAGAUGUCACAUACUAAGAAAAAAGCAAAGGGCAGGAGAGUGACUUGCAAAUGACAGUGUGUAUAUGCUUCAUUGGAAGAUGUGUUGAAACUAAAAGCAAGAUGACACUUGUGUGGGUAGUAAUUGCAGGUGUAAAUAAGGUGACUGUGAUCUUCAACUUCAGCAUUUAUUCUUCCUUGAUAACAAAAUCUGACAUCAUGAUAUUUUAACUUUUGAAAGGAGAAACAUGAAAAAUAUCACCAAGAGAAUGAACUAGAGUUCAUCCUCUCAUAUGAGGUAUUGGUAAGAGAACUGGGCGUUUAUAAAUAGGAUGUAACUAACAGAUUGAAGUUAAAAAUAUUUAUUGCUGUGGGACGAUGGGGAAAGAGACUACAACUUGAUUGAAAUACUUGUUUUGUUUCCAGAUAUAAUAAGAUCUUUAAUCUUAUAUAUCCUAGUGAAAUGUAAUGCAUCAAAAAACCUUCUCCAGUUGUUCCAGGGACACUGAACCAUAACAGCUCUGGGUUGUUCAAUAUGAUAAAAGAAAGUGGAAAUAGUUCUGUUCCUGAUGCCAAAAAUCUUACUGAGAUUUAUUGAUGGAAUUUGUGGUGCCAAGAAUGCCAUGCCAAGUGCUCAGCUGGAGAAAAGAAAGUAGCCUCACUUGAGCUGUUUUGUAGAAUGGUUUCCGAGGUUGGUCACAGCACAAAGAAAUAAAUAAAUUCUGAAAUAUGUUUUUCUUUUUUUUUUUUUUUUUUUGGACUCCAUUAGUAAGUUUGUCCCUCUUUUGCAUAUUUUUUGAUAGAUGCAUGUUUUUAAUUUCUUCUGCAGUUCUAUCUAUUUCAUAGGAUAGAUAGUUACACUGUUAAUUAAACAGUAAGGUUUUUGUAUGCUUUACUUGAUGCAUGUAGUCAUGAAUUUUCAAGCACACUUUUAUUCUAGAGCAAGCUCCAUGACUUAGUUGUCUAGUUUUAUGUUACAAGGAGAGCUAUAGUUUAGUAGUGUCUUUGCAAAAAUCAGAUUUUUGUUAGCCUAUCAUUUGGGACUGUGUUUUAGAACUACCAAUAUAGUUGGUAUAUAGAUUGUUUAUUUCAGAUAGAGAUGCUAAAAUUAUGAAUAGUUACACUUCAGUUUUGUCAUUGCAUUACAAAGUAACACUGAAACUAUUAUUCUACCAUACUUCAGAAAUAUGGAGAUGUUAAUAAGCAAUUAUGAAAGAUUGCUGUUAGCUGCUCACAGUAUAAAUAUUUCUUCAUGAUACUGACAUGUGAAUGCCUGUAAAAGAUGAGUGCUGUGCUCUGCUUUUCAGAAUGAAGCACAAAGAUGUGCCAGAUAUAUCUGAAGAGCCAGCUCACAUUUUCACUGCAAGCAAUAGUAAUAGCCUUGCAGUCUGUCACACUGUCUCUAUGUAUUGGUGCUGUGACUUGAGAAAUUACCCUUGCAGUUUUUCCUGUUGGUUAGGCUGAAGUGAACAAUGCUUUGUUUGGAGUGAGGCAGGAUAGCAGGUGCCAGAGGCAUAAUCCCACUCCCAUUUUAGUCAGUAAGAAUUUUACUACAGAAACUGAGGCUGGAGAAGGCCUUUUGUGUGAAAAAAUUCUGUCCUGGUAAGCAGCUUCUUAUCCUGUAGUUAAGAAAACAGUUCAUAAAGAUGCUGCAUUUUAGAAGUUAUAUAUAAAUGCAGGCUUUUAAUAUGCAAGCCAGACAUGCAAAUCUGGAUUUUUUUCAAAUCUGCAUGAGAACAUUUUAAUCUGUGAGCUCAGACUUCCUAUGCCUCAAACAUCUCUAUCACAAAAGAGGGUAGUGUGUCCUGAACAGAAGGCAAUGCAAAUACUACUGCACUUCCCAGUGUGUUAAAUUGAAUGUUUAAUGGCAGUUUGGGCAAUCCUGCAGCACUGUGCCAUGUUGACAGUCCUGAUACAGGCACAGAUCCAAUAGGGAAAAGAAAGGAGGUGGUCAUGUAAUUGAAGACUGUAUCAUAAAGCACAGUCACCAAUGGGUAUAAUUAUGGUUGAACAUAAUUAUGCACCUCCUAACCCUAUGUAUCUUAAUUAUAGCACCUCCUAACUCUGCAUACUUGCCUUGAAACUCAGUCUCGUGUAACUGUGCUGGCCCACAAAAUACACCAUGGUUGUAUAGCUGUGACUCUCUUACAGCUAAAGACAGUUACUUGACUAAUGCAAGCAUUAGUGGGUUUUCUCUAUUUAACUUUUUAAAGCUAGUUAGCGAAUAAAUUGGGCAGUAGACUGUGAAUAAAGUAAAGCCAUUACUGAGGCUUUUGCCUGCUUUGUUUUUCUGGGGAAUGAGAGCUAUUUGGGAGGGCUCUGGGUAGCAGCUGGGGAGCCUAGGAAUUUUGGAAGCAUCUUGAAGUGUCUGGAGCAGACAGCAUGAUUUUGGAAAAUGUCCAAACUGUGUGUUGGAGCAAAACACAGUGCCUAGCAGCCACAGUACCUCCUGACACACAGUCACAUGGUAUGACAGUUCCCUCCACACAGGUGAUCUUCACCACUCUUGCCUCUGCCUACCUCUCUUUCUGGAAAAAAAGCCUCCAUCUUCUCUGAAAUGAGCCAUUGUAAAAUGUGUGUCUUUCACAUGCACAAAUGUCUCAAGGGUGCUCUAUUGUAAGGAAGCCGUCCAGCCAGUUAUGUCUAUGUAGUCAUGGGGAAAGCAGAGAAGGGUUCCACCCACAGCAAUAGCAAUGUUUUGCCCUUAGUGGAAGAACUUGGCCUAACUUCACACUCAUUUAAAAGCGUUUAACAGCAGUAGGCAGGGAGAUGGGCUAUGACAAAUGCAUCUGAAGGAUAGAAUCUUUUGUCUCAAUGGUAUUUUGUUGAAGAAUAACAGAAACUUUGGAUCUCAGUGUCUUUGCAAAAAACUCCUGCACCGAAUAAGUAGGAGAAGAUUACUUGACAUCUUAAAAGGUCCUGAAAAUCCAGAUGCAUGAGAAACAGCUGUACAACACAUAGCUUAAAGCAACAUACUUCCCCCCACCAGUGUACUCCCCUAUAUUUAGCCAACAAAGUAAAAGUUCACUAUGCUUCAUCACUGUUGAUGGGGAUAGGAGGGACAAAGACACUUUAUUUGCUCUGCUGUGUAGUGACCAGACUGUGUGAUAAUGCAUAAGUAACAAGACACUCAAAGGGAACAGAUAGUGGGGGAUGAACACACUAACAAGUAGGACUUGCACAAAGGACAUCCCCAGGGACACAGCUUCAUUUCACAGGUUCUGCCUGGACCUUGGCUCUGCUGCCCAGCUCUACUCAAAGGCAGCCUCAAAGAACAGUAUGGGAUGAACAUAGGUAAUUAUAAUUUUUUUUAAUAACAUAUAUGUGUUAAGAGAUUGUCAAUAUACACUAGUAAGCCAGUAAAUUGAAAAAAAUUUACUUACUAUCUUGCCCUAUCUUUCUUCAGGGUGUUCAUCAGUUCCUUCUGAAAGUGUGUCUUUUUCUGCUACAUAACCACAGCCAAAACUUUUCAGGCUGUAUCCAGCCAAAUGUUAAUGUUUUUAGAAGCAGUGAUAAUUAUGCAAGGAAUCACUUCACUGGUCGCUGAAGGUGAGUUCUUUAUUCAACCUAAAUAGAAGCAGGCUAUUGUGGAAGAAUUGAGCAAGCAUAAAAUUGUACCAAAUUCCAAAAUUCCCUUCUGACCCUCCGUAUUUAAAAAUGUUGCUGGAAACACUGAGAGACCUUUGAAGACAUUUGCCAUGUUGUAGAAACUUGUGCAGAUCACAGUGUACUAACUGCUACACUCACUGUCUGGAUGAAAGAUUCAUGCAUAAGGACUGGGUAGCAUUGCUCUGACAAGCGUUUCUUUGUCUAGGUAUUUCAUUCAGACAGUUGCAGUGUAAUAAGAAACGCUGUACUUAGAUUUCUCCACAAGUUUUUUCCUCUCUAUGAUCGCAAAUUUUGUUCCUGUAAUGACUUCUUUCCCUCCCCCUCUUUUGCAGAUUUCAUUGAGCCAUCUCUGGAGCUUCUCUUCACUUUAGUGCCCUUUCUCUUGACGCUGAAUUAAUUAAGGAUGAAACUGGAACAGUGACUCAUAGCAAAGAAGCAGAGUUCCUUAUUAGUAAUAAGCAAAGAAGGCCACAGGAACCCACUGCUUCCCGGCUCCAGCAAUGCCUUCCUUUUGUGUGUCAUUCCCACAUCGAUCAUGUUAACUGAUGCCUCUUUAGACACUAAUUAUUAUAUUGAUGAGUCUGAAUUGGGUGGUUUCACUAUUUGGGAGCUUUUGGGGAUACAAUCUCCAAAAAGGUGAAAGUGCUAAUUACUUUAAAGCUCUAAUCCUACUUUUGCCAGUGUCCAUUCCCAUGGUAACACUAGCAGGUACAGCAGCAUUCAGCCAAGCAGCACUCAGAGCUCUUGGCUAUGUCAGCAGUGGCCGAGGUUGGAAAGACUAUACAAAUUGUGCAUACAGAUGUUCUAAGAUUCCAUAGAUUUCUUUGCCACAGACCUAACUUAAAAUAUCAAAAAAAGUCAUGCCAAAAUUUAGUUUCUUUCUUUAUGAGCUAUACUGGCUUUUUUAAAUCUUUGCCUUGCUUUUACCCUUAGGUGAGCUGGCAGGUCUUCCAGAGGCUGGUCUGCAGCCAGAGUCCUCAGGGGAAAUUCUGUCUGACUCAGCAACUGUCUUUUUUCCUGCAGCCUCUUGGGCUGAGAACAACAGCUUUGCCACUUCCUGACUCUUGGGUCUUGUCUACUAGGCAAAUUUUGAGAACGAAAUUCCCACCAGUGCUUUGAGCGUGUCUGAAAUUGUCUAAGCAGUUUGUGGUUUGCCUGGGGCCUUCAUCAGCAAGGAAAGGAGCAGCAUGGCAGCUCCACUGCUGGCCAGCAGUUGUGGGGGACUCGCUCCUCCGAUGCCAGAAGCAGAAGGUUCGGCUAUUCCGGUCCCUGUGCUGGCAGUCAUGCUCCACUUGUCACUGCCACGAGAGAGCCCUGUGGACCCAGCACCGCUGCAGCCCUGUGCUGGGUGACCCAGCUGCAUCUGUCAGUCACAUCUCCUGCGGCAGCUUAGCAGAUAUUGACACACCAACAAUUCAGUGACUUUGACAGGUUCCUCCUACACUGCAGCCCCUAUGAUUUGUAUUAAAAUGGCAUACCAAGUGCUGCAAAUGCUAAAUAAGGGAGGUUCCCUCUCCCAGGUUGUGUACCAUCCAAGGCUGGAGGGGUUGCUGCACUCCUGCUACCUGUGGUCCAUGGCAGACCAGGAUAGAAUUCAGAGCUUCUAAGUCCUAGAUUAGCGAAUUAAAAAGAUUAUCCUUUCACUCUGAAAACAAGAUUGAGAGAGAGAUUUUGGUAACAUUGAAAACUAGCUACGUUAAAUUGCCUGUAUCUGUAAAACAUUUAGCUUUUACACUUAAAGAAAAAAACAACCUACCCACAAUUCUGUUGGUAAAGUGUAAAAGUCCCACCUUGAUUGCACAGAUACAGGCACAUGUCAGUUGCAAGACUGUUUGAAAGUUAUUCUACUGACAUGUCUUUUAUUUUUAAUAGCUUGUGAUAUUAUGAAUGCCUUCAUAAUUAAGAUAACUUGUUCCAUGAAAGAGCAUAUGUCCUAGUACUUAAAUACAUGCUGCUGCCAUGCCAGAGUCUUCUGCUUAAUGGCAUUAGAAGCAGCAGUUUCUCCUGAUCAACAGUUCUGCUAACAUUCUAGAUGAAACAGAGAUCCAGAAUAGGUGGAUCUCCUAUAAAAAUGAGUUUUUAUGGGCCAGAUUUUGUACAAAGUGCUGGGUGUAUACAGUUCCGCAGAGCAACUUCCAGCACUGUGUACUUAGGCUUCUCUACACAUUUCUAUUAUAAAUUCUUUUUUGACAUUUAUGAUAUGUCUAUUUGAAGAAUUGUGUUACACCCAAGCAAUAUAGCUGUAGCCAGACCAAAGCAAUGAAUUGGUCUGGAAAUAAGGGAACAAAAAAAGUCACAGACAAAUCUUAAAUUUAAAAUAUAUCUUUGGCACAGAAAUCUGUAAAUCCAAAGAUUUACAAAUCCAAAUCUGUAAAUCCUUCACACAUUUUCCAACAGACCAAAUCCCUUCUCUACAAUAUUGCCACCUUCAGCCUCUGUGUUUUUUGGGGUCUCCUGAGGAUGAGGAAACAGAGUGCCCCUCUGUGACCAGUUCCUUACAAGUGUAAGAACAUUGCAGCAGAUACAGCCUGUGCAUGUCUGUGAGUGGUGUGAGGAUACCCAGCAGGCCAGGCUGGAUGGGGCCUUGAGCAACCUGAUCCAGUGGGUGGCAUCUCUACCCACAGCAGGGGAGUUGGAACUAGAUGAUCUUUAAGAUCUCUCCCUACCCAAGCCAUUUGAUCAUACUAUGUUAGCACCUGGCCUCCGUUGGGCUCCUUCCCACACACUUUGGUCAAACUAUGGCAGCACUUCAGUGCAAUGACAGAGGUGUCAGGACAAUGACAGAGGUGUCAGGACAGUGGUGGAUAGUCACUGUUAGCAUUACACAGCAGCAUGCCCUCCUGCUUGCCUGGUGAGCAUGUGGGGGACUCAUAUACCCACCAAGAGACUAUUUAUGCACCCUAUAUGGAGGCAAAAGCUACGUCCAGCCAUGCUCCUUGUCACAUGGCUGGAUGUGUAUGCAGCAUUUGGUGGGAGUUAUGAAGAGUUUCAUCAUGUCAGCUUUAAAUUCAGAACAUACCCUGGAAGGCGCUUUAUCCACGUCUCCCUUCACUGUUCCCCUUAAAAGGCUCCAUUGUCCUGAGCUGGUGUCAGAGUGCUUCACUUCAACCCCAAACCAACUUUUGAGUACAAUGAGGGCUGUGCCCAGGAGCUGGCAGGACUGCCUAGCAGGGCCUUGAGGAGAGAGAGGGGGGAAAGAUCAGGUAACUGCAGAUAUGUUUGCUUGAAAAUUGUGUGUUAGGAAUAUGAGCAAUGGAAAAACUGCCAUUAACAUGCUUGUAGAACUGGAUCUGUUCUCCCAUCGGUAUUUAUCACAAGAAAAACUAUCUGUGCUAUCCAGUAAAAUAAGAACAACAACAACAACAAAACCAGCAAAAAUAACAAUAAUACAUUUUAGCCCAAUUCCAUGUGAUUUUAUUGCCUUAUCAUUUAGUUUAUUAGUAUUAUCUGCAAUUCCAGUAAAACUAAGGCAGGCCAUGAUAGUGAGGGAAAGUAGAGCUGUACCAAGGGCAAAUGGCCAACUCCCAUAUUACCAUAUUCCCAAAGCAAGAAAUUUUCACUUUUCCGCUGAAAUCCAAUUUUAGUUGUUUAAAUACAUUUUUAUUGUAUUAUUCCAUUAAUUUUUUCUAAGGUUUAUGAUUUAUAUGAAAUCGACCAUAAAUCAGAAAUAUGCAAUAUCCAGACUGUGUUAGGAAUGUCCAUGGUCCAGGAAGGGAUUUUACAGAUUUAGAAAUCAUCUAUUUAGGAAUUGCAUGGUCUGGCUGCAGCAGAGCAGCUGCAGGAUAUAAGCCUUCCCCUCAAGCUGUUUCAUGCCUCUGUCAUUGCCUUUUGGCCAACAGCAAGAGUAAAUGUCACUUGUGUGCUGUGCUGCAGCCCAUGCCUUUGUCAGGGCCAAAGUGCAAGCCUUACAGCCUGGGUCAGGAGCAGGCAGCAUAUGCCUGUUUCUUUCAUUACCCUGCGAGACUGGAGGCCCUGACUGUGGCGGCACUGAGUCCCUCUGGCCGGGACCCUGCUCCCACUCCAUCACAGGAGCACUGUUUACCCAGGGUACCCACAGCUGUCUUCCUCCAGCUCCGGGGUCAAGAGACUCCUCUUGCCACCACAAUGCUCCAUGUCUGAAGUGUGUCUGCUCUGGAAUAUUGGAAAGGUUUUUCUUUUUUCCCCUACAGGGUGUUUUAGUUUUGAAAACAAAUCUGGAGAGAAAAGCGUACACAGAUUCUGCUACUAGAGCCAAGUCUUCGUGCCAAAUUUUGCAGUAUAGCACAUACACCUUCAAAGACUCACCUUAUUUUGCUCAUUAAAAAAUUAUUUGCAUGGGGAGGCUUUGAUUCUGCAUGAGUGGAUAAACUGUUGGCAUUAAAUUUCUUUCCUUCUUUAACAAACUACUGUUAUAUAUGAAUUUGACACUGAAUCUUAAAUUACCCUACAUACUCAUCUGAUAAUUCUGUACUGUAUAUUGGCCUAAACAUGCCUUAAUGUCACUCUCUUUUUUAACUUUCAUUUCACUUGUUAAAUUUUUUUGUCUGGAAAAUGCCACAUGAACACUGGGGAGAAACACCUCAGUUAUUUGAAAGAUAAAAGUAAUUUGAAGUAAAAGACCUUCAACAGUGUGCUUUUGAGCUGAACAUUUAUGCCAAGACCAAAUUUCAGCAGGAAUUCAAUAAGAUACUAUCGAAUUAAAAUUAGUUAAUAUACAUUUCUGAAACUACUAGUACAUGGAUAUACCAGCAGUUUUCCCAAUAAAGAUUGUUUAGCAACUGAGGUUAAAAAGUAACAGGGUAGGAUUAUUAAAAAUAAACAGAACCCUAAAAAUAUAUAUUUACCAUCUUAACUUUGAAAGAUUUGCAUCCUACUGCGUAUUUUAAAACAACAAAACUUCAGUGGACCUAAGGGUUCCAUGAACUUAGCAAAAUGUUACAGCCACUUCAGAUCAUUUUAGUUGAAUAGACUACUCUUUUUAUUUGUUUGCUGUUUGCUUAUUCAAUGCUCACUUUUAGUGCACCCCUUCUAUAAGGUCUUUUUCUCUUCAAAAGCAGCAAAAUAUACUAGUGACAUGUGUAAUAUGGUUAGAACAGGUAAUCCUGGGUGUUCAUCACUGUCCUUUUCUGGAUUUCUGUGACCUCUGUGAAAGUUGCAAUUUUUUCCCAUGAGGCUAAGUGUAGUAUCAUUGGUGGAGGUAGUGGUGGAAACAAUACAAUCCCAUUUAGCAGUUAAUCAAGCAGAAGAAUGGUGUAGAAAGAAAAACAAUUACCACUGUUCAAAGACAGGAGUAAUAAAAGUAAUGGUGAUCUGUCUACCUUAGUGCUGCAGUCCUUCUUGAACUGAAGCUAGGAGAAGUAAUAAACCAUUGAUACAUAUUUUCACAGCAAAUAAAUAUUAGAAAUUAUUUCUAAUGAAAUAAUGAGCUUUCACUUUUUUUUAAUGAAGCUGAAGGACCAAUAAAAAGACUAUUGUUUCUCUUUUAAAUCUGCAAUAAUGCCACAGCAAAGAGUGCUUUUUCUUAAAGCAUUUUCUAAAAGUGAUGCUUGAAUGAAUACUGUACAGGCAUCAGAUUUAGAACACAACUGGGGCUGUUCAUAAAAAUCAUAAAACCUGCUUUCCUGCAUCCUAAAGUUUUUUUGUAAAUCAGCCAAAAUAUCAGAAAUAUCAAAACCCAACCCAAAAUAUCAAAACCCAACCAAACAAAAAACCCAAAGUCCCAACUAAACAAAAAAAUCUCCUUACUUGUUCUGCUUGCUUUCUUCAGCUGACCAAAAAAUGAAUUUUUGUUCUUAUAUUGCCUAAAUUGUAUUAGCAUAGAUGCUGUAAAACUGUAUUUUAGCCAAUGUGAAAGAAUUGUCUUUUAAUUUCUUCAAGUAAAAUAUUGCUUAAAUGGUAGAUAAAUUCAGAAAAAAUAUUUUACUGGACAAAAUAGUAGUGGAUCUUGGGUAAAAAAAUUUAAAACAAAUUGAAUGUCAUUAAGUAAUGUCAUGGUUUGACACUGGCCAAACUCCAGGAGAGCUGUUCAUUUUCUUUGUCUGGCUACAGUUGGUCAGAGGAGAGGGAAAAAAAAUAAUGAAGGGCUCAUUAAUUGAGAUAAGGAUUGGGAGAAAAACACUGUAAGGGCAAAACAGGUUCAAAUUUAAAAGUAUAAAAUAAAUUUAUUAAUAACAGAGUAAGAGGAGGAUAAUGAGAAGUAAAACAAGCCUUUUACACACCUUUUUCCUCCCAGCCUGUCCCUUCCUCCUUCCCACCAACAGUGCAGGGAGGCAGGGCGUGGGGGUUUGGUCAGUUCAUCACUAGAGGUAUCAUCUGUUCACUCAGGGAGAGCAGUGGUCUCUCUGCCAUGCCAUGGCGUCCCUUACAUGGGCAAGCAGUUUUCCCAAAAACUGGUGUGGUGUGGGGUGCAGUCCUCUAAGGAUAUGCUGCUUUACUUUGGAAGCAAGGGCCCUCUAUCUCUAGGGCCCUCUGAUAUCCACCUGCUUCAGCAUUAGCACUUUUCCUACUUUUCCCCCAUGCAUUACAGGGGGACAGCCUGUUUCACCGUGGUCCUCACCACAGCUUGCAGGGAAUCAGCUCCAGCACCUGGAGUACCUCCUCCCACUCCUUCUGCACUGACCUUGGUGCUGCCAUGUUCUUUUCCUUCACAUAUCCUCACUUCCUCCUCUAGCUAGAAGUAAAACUGCUACUCGUAGGUACCAUUGCUAACAAGUUCCACUAAUGCAACAAUUCCUGCACGAUCCCUUAGUGCCAAGAAGUUGAUCUCAUCUAUGUUCCGUGUUCGCCAUGUUUUCGCCAUCAGCCGCGUGGCUGUGCUACCACCGUGUGAGCAGUGGUGGCUGCCACAGCGCCGGCGCUGUUCGACGCCUCUUCUCCUGCGGGGUGCCAGGAAGGGGAAGCCGUGCUGCCCCUGCCCUCUUUGCCAGCAGCACAGCUGGCUAGGGGCAGGGGCCAGGCAAGGGGAAGCCAUGGGCUGCACAAAAAUGAUGGCAUUCAUGCUGCCUCACCACCCCAGAGAAAAAAAAUGUGUGUGCACUUGUCGCCCUGUUCUUUUAAAAGUUUUAAGUUCUUCUAAAAGUUUGCUAUGCCUUCUGAUGUUUAGAUAAUUCUACUGGAGUUUCUCAUGCACUGUCAUGUAAAUAAUGAUUGUUUUGCAUUCUUCUUUGAGGAAGGAGAGAAUUGAUGGACUGUUCAUUUGACCAGUGUGGUUGGAGAGGUGAUAAUUUCGUCUUCCAAUCUACUGUCACUUUUGGAAUUGUAUAUAUUGCAAGGUUAGAAAUAAAACUUGCUUCCUUUUGCUUUUUUGA